CAAAAUCAAACUAAUUAUGAUCAACCUGUAAUCGAAAGCUCGUUUAGAACAGGUUUAUAAUCGAAACAGGUUGUGUAAUCUGAGAAUAGUUAUAAUCUGUUCUUGGAAAUCAUUACUUGAUUCUCCGAAUUGCAGAAAUUGUGAUGAAUUUUGCAAUUCACAGAGUGACACUGUAAACAGACCAUAUUUCCUAGUUUUCUCAACUCAACAGAAUGAACAAUUGGGCCCUAAAAACGGUGGCAGUUAACAAGUUUGGCCAAGAAGUCAUUACCCAAGCAAGUCAACUUUUAACAAGCAGAAGUAUACAAGAUGUGUGUGAUUCGAUAUGCAAGAACCUUGACUCGAAAGUUGAUUUAAAAUCUGACCUGAAUAUGUUUCAUGUAUCUGGCUUGACAGGCAGUGGCCGAACGACAUUCUGCAAAGCCGUUAUAAAGAAUUUGAUCCAAAAUUGUUCACUUGAGAAAUCCGAAAUCAUUUACUUUAAAAUUGAUAAACACGACAAUCUUAAUUGUGUUUGGAACUGCGGAGUUCAGUUGGCAAGGGUUAAAAAUCUUGGUAACUUGGCAGUGUUACUAGCUUCGCAAAGUAGCACUCUCGAAGCGAAGGAAAAUGCUAUGGUUAGUGUUCUCGACAGUUUUAAAGUUGUCUGUUUUGAUAACGUUUCCAUUUCUGAAACCAACCAUCAACUGUACACUUUGUUAAUGGCUAUAAUACACAAAUUGAAAACUAAUAUUAUUUGUGUAUCAAAGCCAAUUACCUCACUCCCAAAAUAUGGUACUCUGGUAGAAGUUGAUGGGCUUAAUUUUGCAGCAAUUGGUAGCGACUUGAACUGGCAAACAACCUUCCAAUAUUUGGACACCUUUUACAAAUAUGUUGGCAAAGCUAUUCGCUCAAACCCAAAAGCUGUUCAAAUGCUCGUUAAUGCAUCUCAGAUUCUCGGCAUACUUCAUUAUCAAGCAGCUGCCAACCCAAGCCCUGUUCUCAAUAUUUUGAACCUAAUUUGGGAGCAUUUAGGUGACUAUGAAAGAAUGGCGCUCUCGCAGUUGAGUGAGCUUCGUCGAGCACUACCAUUAAAGGAUGCCGAUACUCUCUCCAGAGUUAUUCGGAUUGGUUUGGUGGAAUAUGAACCCCCGGGGGCUCAUGGGAAUUUGUUCGGACAAGUUAUCCUUAGCGACUGUGUUCGAGAAUUUGUCUUGACAAAGAGAAGUGACGACAAGAUGGUAAAAACAGACUCAAAGUUUGAUGUAUUUCAAUGCUGGAUGGUGUUACUCAGUGAAGAACUGGUUGGCCUCAUCGCAGAAGCAAGAAGCCAUUCAUGGCCAUUUGUGCCAGAAAAAUGGUAGGUACACUAAUUUUAUUACUAAAUUUUAUUACUGGACUGUCAGGUUUUAAUUGAAUGUAAAUUUUUAUUUUGAACAGGCAAUAUGUUAAGAAUGCCAGUCGAAAAGAAAGUUAUAAUGUCAAGGAUUUAAUCACCAUGAAAGUGAAGGAUCUACCACAUUUAACACACUUUGAUGUUUUACAGGUGAUAUUAUUAUAAAAUGUAGUAAACCUGUAAUAUUUCCUGUGCAUGUCCACAAGUGAAUAUCCUCUAACUGACUAACUGUUCAACCAACUGAUAGGCCGACUGACGGACUUGACUGACGACCAGUCAAGUGUGUCCAGAUAAUUUUGGUAAAAUAUUUUACUUUUGGCAAAAUAAUUUUUGGUAAAAAAUUGUGUUUGAAUGGUACAGAGGCAUGGCCAGGGGCCAGGGCCCUCCUGGUAAAUUUUAGCCCCACUGAGAAAAUUCAUUUUAUAAAAGUAAGUGAAGCCUGGCCCCACCUAAGAUUUUGCUGGCCCCCACCUAGGUUUUUGCAGGGACGUUGCUAUGGGGGGGGGGGGGGAACACCCCCCAAUAAUUCAAACGUUGGUCAAAGUUGGUCAAAAUGGAAGUGAUAUUUGCCCAAAGUUGGUCAAAAUGGAACUAAUAAUUGCUUAAAACUGAAGGUAAAACAGGGGAAACAUUUGGUAAAAGUUUGGGAUAAAGGAUGGUCGAAGUUGCCCAAAGUUAUGAAAUGGUUGUAACAAUUUUAAAACUUUUGUUACGUUUGCGAUGAAAAAUUGGAAGUUUUGCUGAUUUUGGUCGAAAAAGUUUGAAUUAUUUUGCUUAUGUUGGUCUGGAAAAUUUUUUUUGACGAUGCUUAUGUUAUUAUUCAAAUAUGGAAUAAGAAAUUAGUGGCCAACUCAUCUGACUUAGUAUUUGUAUGUUUCUAAUUUAGGAAACUCUACACCACUCUGUUUUGAGAAAAGACCAUGAAAAUAUGGUAGCAAUAUUAUUCCUCAUUGAUAGAUAUAUUUACUGGCAAGGAGGAUCCCAAACGCUGCUUGAUAUUGUUGAUUCAAUUGCGAAGGAAAAACCACAGUUGCCAAUUGCUCCACAAUUGGUCAUCAGGAAAGCUCGUGUUUUGCGAACCACUGGAGAUUUGCAAGGUCUGUGAGAAUAAUUGUCUUUAAGUUAAUUUUAAACUAGUCUAAAUUAUCUUUAUUUACACUGGAUUAAUAUUAUUACUCUAUCAGUACUGCUAAACUGUUCUUUCUAGAGGUGUAUAGUAGCCGCCCUCACUCAUUUAACCAUUGAGUACCAACACUCUCCCCUUGACGAGUAAAAUCAUCUGGCGUUAGACAGAGUGAAAUCAUAAUGCUUUGAUGCUUUGGGUGCAAUGCAACUUAAUGGGUUAGUAACUUCUAAACACACAUGGUGCCAAAUUUGUUCAAAGCUGGAUUUAGCACUUAUCCUUAGUUAAAAUUUAACUUGCUGUUUUAAUUUAUGUAUUUCUGCAUGUCUGAGUAUUUCAAAACUUCAGAGAAGAAAACUCCUACUGAUCCAGACAAGAAUUCUGAAGAAAUAAUUCCAAAUUUAUAAACAAGCUAUUCACAGGGAAGUUUGCUUUAAAUUUUAGGUUAACCUAGGGUUAAUUAGCUAAUCGGCUUUCGAAUAACUGGUCCAUGGGCAGAUAGUCUGAUUGAGCCAGCAGCAGCGCUCUCGCCUUGACAAGUAAAAUUAUCUGGCGUUAGACAGAGCUGGAGCUCUCGACUCUCACUCUAAGGACCUCUGACAAUGGGAAAUUGCUAGAGACCUGAAAUUAUAGUUUGCACCAUAUGACAAAACAUCUAUGGGUGGCCCAGUAUGGUUUUUCCUGGAGGCCGGCCAGUAAUGCCCAUCCCUUAUUGAUCCAGUGCUAGAACGGAAUGAGGUUGAGAUUAGUGCUGUGCAAACUCCGGUUUUUCAUCUCCGGCUCCGGCCGAAUUACAGCUCUGAGCUCCGGCUCCGGCCACAUCAUAAAAUAUUAAAUAAAUGUUUUACGAUCAGAGAACAUUUAUUAAUAUUACUAAAUAACCCUUUUCGCGCUUCCUAAUUAUCAGAUAACAUAACUCAGGAAACAAAACAGUGAAAACACUUAACCACGCAGAAAAUAUCUAUAUGGAAACCAGUCUCGAAAAAUCUUUGACACGAGGCAUGACGCGAGGCAUGACGCUAACACUCUCAGACUCCACAGCGCAAUUGUUCGCACGCAAACAAAGUACUCUGUCAUUUUCAAAAGGUUGAUAUUUAUUUGGUUUGUACUUUUUCGUUAUCUACAAGGCAUGAAUACACAGACUACAGUAUGUAGCGCUAAGUCAGAUGGCUUCAUGAAAGCAUGACGUUUGUAAGUUGCGAUCGUAUUACAGCUUUUCGACGCUGUUCCUGCGGGCUGUGGCAGUUUGAGUCUAUGAUGAAUUCAUUAACAGCAAUUGGCAGUUUGCAGUAACUAACAAUCGUUUAACAUUUGUCUCAUUUUAUAUUGUUUUCUUGUCAUUUUGCCGGAGCUGGGAAAACGUAACUCCGGGCUCCGGCACUACAAAAUUCUGCUCCGGUUCCGGCGUCGGAAAAACCGCCGGAGCUCCGGCAGAACUCCGGCACCGGCAACUCCGGCGCACAGCACUAGUUGAGAUCAGACUACCAGAAGAAAACCUGCACAGUGUUUUCUAAAGCCACACUGGAAGCACUCUUCUUGCAUGUAGGUGAAAUUAUCAGCGAUUUGAGGGUAUAGGAAACAGACCUGCAGAAAUAUCAAGAAGGGACAUACACCGACCAUCCCUGAUGAAAAAUGUCUAUAGGUGGCCUAUAUAAGUGACGUACUAAUUAUAUUAAGUUGUAUUUAUAAAUAAAACUUUUUCAAUACUGAAAUUAUGCUGUAAAACAAUUAUUCGCCUCAGGUUCUGUGAUUACAAGCCUAUAUUUACUGACUCAUUGUUAAAUAGGCAUCCCUAUAGGUCACCUAUAGGAAAUGUUCCAAUUGCCUAUAAAAACCUAUAGGUUUCCUAUACGUACGUUGGCCUAUAUACCAGGUCUAUAGACUUUUUUGUAAGGGGAUAUAUUUGCCAUAUGACACCUGCAUAGUUACAUGAACAUGACCUUUAUCCACCCAUAGGUGCAGAGAAAGUUCUGGACAAGCUGUUGAAUGAAAAACAAAUGCUUGGUAUGUGGCGAUACAGGGAAGAACAUCACCAUCAUCUUGUAAAAGCUGUCUGUGUGCAGAUCAAAGGUGAAAUCCAAGCCACGCUCGGCCAGUGGUAUAACUCUGCUGUGUUGCUUCUUGAUUCGGUGCACCUAUUUAAAACGUUACCCAAAGUUGACAAGAAAGGCUUGUCGUGUAGCCUGGGACUGCUGGUUAACACCCUACAACGUAUGUCGGUAGAGGAGUUCAAGCUUAUCGCGCAGAGAUAUUUUUUGAAGGCAUCUCAUCCCUAUAUUCAAGCACACCAGUUUGCCAUUGAAGCAGCCGAAAUGGCGAUAUAUACACCAUUGUUUUAUGCCCGACAUAAAGUAAGGAAACCAAACGUAUAUUAUUAACCAUAUAGAUAGCUCCAUCAAGGCCGGAUUUUGGUGGAAAUAGUGGGAGAGGUGGGAAAUAUUUUGGGGAGGUGCAGCGAUCUAGCUCACGACCCCCAUGGAAAGUUAGCACUUAGGGCUUAGAACAGGCCAAAGUCAACGACGUGACGUAUGCAUGUAGUGUACAUAUGCAUCCAGUAUAUUAAAGAAUUAUGGCUGUAUAACUUAUCAAAUUUUGCCCUUCAUUACAAUUAUUAUAAAGUUUCUUUCAAAACAUUGCAUUAAAAGAGUACUUGACAUAGAGAUGAAUGGCUAUCACUGUUUCAAUUUUACAGAAAAACUUUCUUACGAAGUGUAGGACCUAAGCGACAAAAAAAUGUCAUAUUUUCACUUUGAUCUAUCAUUCAAACUUCCCCAAGGGGAGGUGCAUGACUUUUCAGGGGAGGUGCAAAAAUUCUCAGGGGCGGCGCAAAACGAUCUCAGGGGAGGUGCGCACCUCCCCUCAAAAUCCGGUCAUGAACUCCAUCAGUUAUGAACUGGUCUCCGUAGAGGUCUAUUGUAUUUUAUGCUCAUCACCUAUGGAUACAUUGUUAUACUAACAAAGGAAACCUCAAAGUCCAGUAAAGUCCAUCCCUUAUUUGUCUGUGGUUACUACAGCAGGAAACAUUAAAUAUGACUAACUUUAUACUGUAUAGUCAGGGUCUGAGAUUUACAGUAUCUUGAUAUCCAUAGGAUACUAAAAUUUUGUUUUGGAUACCAAACUGUGAAUGACGACUUGUAUCCGAACUGGAUAUUACAAAAUCUCAAACAUUAGGAUAAUGCUCCCAAUAGCUUUGAAUACCAUGAGUCUGCCUUCUUCAAAAUAACCAGCUUUUCAUUUCCAAUCUGGUACGGUUUGUAUACUGCAGUUGUUGACUGUUGAGUCCAAUGAGAGACAUAUACAAUACUGCAUGCUUACUUUGAUGAUUCAGGGAUGCCAAAAUUUAUGGUAACCAGUAUCCAUGCAGAAGUGGGAUACUGAUUACUAGAUUCUCAGAUGGGAUACUAGAACUUUGAAUCGUGGUAUCCCAGUCGGGUAGUGAAAAAAUUUUAAAUUUCAGACUCUGUCCCUGGUAUAGUUAUAUUUUAGUAGGCAUUCUUUAGUAGGACCGCUUCUUAGCGGUCUAGUAAGCGUCGUCCCUUAUUGGUUCAGUGUUCCUAGAGGAGGAAACUAACUUUAUUUAUACAGGAUAGCUGACUAUCAGUUCUAAACUGUUCUCUCUGCGGGUCCAGUAACUCAUCCAGUUUUAUUAUAGGAAGAGACCAGAUUACCCGGAGUCCGGAGAAAACCAGCAGCGUUUAGACUUGAAGCACUCGAUUUUUUCACAUCCAGGGGUGGAAAAAAUAGGCGAGUACUGCUCGCAGGAAAUGUUAAACAGCAGCUGUAGGAAAUUCGUUUCAAUGGAGAUUUGCUAUUGAAAAUUUGAAGGAAACCUUAACACCCAUGUCCCACUAUGGUCGCAACAACAUAUGGUUGACAGACAUUAUUCCUUGAAUUUAAAACCAUGGACAGAGCUAGAACACUAUAGGUUUAUGCACAUGCAGAUUUAGCACAAAAAUACUCCGUUGGUCUACAGGAAAUUUUUGUCUCCAGGUUAUGCUCCAAGAAAGAAAAUUUUUUCUUCCUGCCCUGCUUACAUCCAAGGACGUGAAAUUACAGUAUACUCCGCAGACAACUGCAUAUUGCAGUUACAAAACUAACCUGCAAGCUAUUACAAAACUAAAAGUAAAAGGACACAAGCCCUAAUCACUAACAAAUGGCAUAUCCAUGAAAUUGUAUCAUUCUUUUUUAGCGCCGUGCAGGAGAAAUGCUGUUGGAAUAUUCAAAAAUUGCUACAGAUGAUCCUAAAAGCGAAUACCUGACUAAUGCCUUGAAGGAGCUGAAAGAAAGCUUAGCUGCACAUAAGACUUUCGAUUCCUUAAACAGUCGUGAACAAUAUUACGAAUUUAUCAGCGCCUUAUACAAGGCGAGCUGCGUUGGGGAAUUAAUCGGUGGAAGUACCAAACAAGAGAGGCUCUUUGAUUUGAAAUUGAUUUCAAUGGUUUUGUUUUACCAUUAUUGUCGUAAUCAAACAUCGAUUGUCCACGAUGAUAACACUAAAACGUAUAUCAACACAGCAGUGAGAAUCCUUGAAUUACCAUCUUACAUUGAAAUUAAUGAGUAUUUAGUUGGUACAACACCAUCAUUGGUCUACCCUGCCAGAGCAGUUGUUGUCGAACCAGGUAUGUUUUAAACAUGGGUGUCAUUACAAUAAGCUGUCGUGGUUUGUUUCUGAACUACCUGAAAAAGAUGUCUCAAACGUGGUGGUCCAGUGUAGGUAGUAUUCUACAAUAAACUGGUGGUUUGUGUUUGAACUACCUGAAAAAGAUAUCUCAAACGUGGUGGUCCAGUGUAGGUAUUAUUCUAUACAAUAAGCUGUCGUGGUUUAAUGUGUCUGAACUACCUGAAAAAGAUAUCUCAAACGUGGUGGUCCAGUGUAGGUAUUAUUCUACAAUAAGCUGUCGUGGUUUAAUGUGUCUGAACUACCUGAAAAAUAUAUCUCAAACGUAGGGGUCCAGUGUAGGUAGUAUUCUACAAUAAGCUCCAUUUUGUUAACUUGUAACUAUUGACGUUGUCUUGGGUUUCACUAAGGACUGUCGUGCAGCUGUGAUCGACCAGCAGUUAUCAGAGUACAAAAGCAAUGUUAAUUAUUUUCUUUUAGAGAUAUUGUUUAAUUUUCUUGCUCGUAUUCAACAGUUUUGAAGUUGACAACCACCAAGAACUAACAAGUAUUCUUUUUUCAUACCCGUAGCUAAACCUCCCAUGGGCAUGGUAGAUAGAUGCGCUGAAACCAUACAAACACUGACCUUGGAAUCAACUAUCGAUCGCUUCAAGACAACAGUGUUGACAAUAGAAGACUUUGAAAGCAGUGACAUGACCCGCGGUCAACUUAAUGAAGAUGUGGACAUAUCUAACGAUAGAAUGUUCAACCAAUUGACUGACAUCAAUGUUCAUGGUAGGUACAGUAGUUUGCCUAGCCUGCGUGCAGCCUGACUUUAAAUGGAGGGAAGUCAGUCUGCGAAUCAGGGAAUAAUACCGUGUUCGCGCCAUCUUUUGAAUUGACCAUUUGCGUAAUAGACAAAAUUUUGAUCUAAACAAGUCUAGACAAAUAUUUCAUCACAUCUUGAAAGAGCAUCACAAAAUUAGUAAUAUUCCAAAGUUUCGUUGCGAAAUGUUGUAAAAUGCGGAUAAUUAUAGCCUUGCGAAGUUUGCAAUUUCCAGUCAUUUUAGAUUACAAACGGGAAAUUGACAGCCUCAAAGCGUAUCGGGCUGUCAAUUUCCCGUUUGUAAUCUAAAAUGACUGAAAAUUGCAAACUUCGCAAGGCUAUAUUAUCCGCAUUUUACAACAUUUCGCAACGAAACUUUGGAAUAUUACUAAUUUUGUGAUGCUCUUUCAAACUGUGAUGAAAUUUUUGUGUAGAUCAAAAUUUAGUCUAUUACGCAAAUGGUCAAUUGCAUGGAUUUCUGUAUUCAAACGUGAUUGGCUAUUGCUCAAAAGCCUAACACACACGCUACGAUUGGCCAAUUCGUUAAUAUAUAUUUGGUUCAAACAACAUUCCAGAAUGAAAAAAAUGGCGGACAAAAACACAAAGAGCAAUGUUGGGUGUAAUUUAUGCACAAACCCAUACAAAAGAUUUGAAAGGGUUCUCAUUGAGGUUCCCAAGACGCCAUUUUGCUAAAUAUAUUAUUUUGUUGAACUGAAUCUAUUAACGAAUGGCCAAUCGUAGCGCGUGUAUUAGGCUUCUGAGCAAUAGCCAAUCACGUUUGAAUACAGAAAUCCAUGCAAUUCAAAAGAUGGCGCGAACACGGUAUUGUUCCCUGAUUCGCAGACUGACUUCUCCCCAUUUAAAGUCAGGCUGCACGCAGGCUGUAGUUUGCUUAGUUCCUCCGCCUUUUCGCUUCCGCCUUAUCUGUUUGACGGGGUUGGAAGAGGUUCAAAUAAAAAUACCAAACAGCCAGCCUGCAAAUUUUUGACAGCCUGCAGCUUACCAGCUAGUAAAUGGUCAAGGAUGCAGACUAAUAGAUAAUAUAUUUAUACUGAAAGGGGUACCUUUAUUUUAAAGAAGAGUACUUUCAGUUUUGCACCAGCAAUAGGUCCAGUUUCCUCCUUGUAGUAUGGGAUGACCUUUACAGGACCUCGAGGCAGAUUUAGUUUAGAACUGAUAGAGUUAUCCAGUAUAUGGUUUAGUUCUUGUUUCCUAUUGUAUUACCAUCUGAACCAAUAAAGGAUUGCUCUUACUAGAACUCUAUAGAGAAUUAACAGUUUAGAUACUGAUAGAGGAACUAUAUUUAAAGUGCCCCUGUGACGAUUAUCUCUCCAAUUUAGAUCUUAGUUACUGUCGUUCCAAUUGAAGUGUUGCUCAAAUAUUGAUUCAAUACAUUACCUCGGGCUGACCAAUUCAUUUCAUCAUGUUCCUCGAAAUAUUCAUACACUUCUUGUGAAAGAGCCAAUUCCAAGAAUUUGAUCAUUUUUGGUCACUUCCUUUCUAUUUAUGAUUGGUUAGUUGCACAAACAACAAAGGUGAUUGGUGCAUUCAAACUAUUCAACAGGAAGUUUACAAUUACACUAGGAAGUGUAUGAAUAUUUCGAGGAACUUGAUCAAAUGAAUUGGUCAGCCCGAGGUAAUGUAUUGAAUCAAUAUUUGAGCAACACUUCAAUUGAAACGACAGUAAAGGACGCCAUUUACUCCAGGAUAUUAAAUUAGAUUCAUAUCUAGAAAACGAUGAAUAUUUUUCUUCUUCUAUCACGGCGUUUUUUAAAGGCACAGUUCAGCCUUUUGAAUGAUGGUUUUUAAGGCGCAUUUCAGCCCUUUUAAUUGAAAAAACUAACUAGGAAAAUCAAUUAAGCAUAAUUCAAAAUCAGCAAACUUAAUGUUUUUAACAUUUUAAAACAUUUUUAUUGUUAAAAACAUUGAGUUUACUGUUCUUGAAUUAUGCGUAAUUGAUUUUCCUAGUUAGUUUUUUCAAUUAAAAGGGCUGAAAUGCGCCUUAAAAACCAUCAUUCAAAAGGCUGAACAGUGCCUUUAAUGGAACCAUAAAGCAACAGCAAAAAGUCCAAAAACGAUUACUUCUUCACUAUUAAACAAGGUUUAAACGAAAGCAUAGGACCGAGUACUCGUAUACACGCAAAAGUCAAGUUUCAGUCGUUUGAAUGGUCGUAUUUUUCAAAAAAAAAGCCGGAAAACACAAUUAACAUUUUUUAGUGAUAUAGUUAUUUUUUGUACUGUUUCCAUGGAAAGAAUGUAUGUACAUAUUGAAAUGUCUAUGCAGUGGUAACAGCUGGGAAAUUUGUUGUGCAUGCGCCAGAUUUCCAUUGAAACUUGAAGAUUUCCCCGAAGAAAUAUUACGGGAUGUUCGUGGUUGUUCGUCGUUGUUGUACAGUAUAUUUUUGAAUGCCUGUUUAAUCUUUAUACUUUUUUCGCUUGAGACAAAGACAAAGUAAAAUGUACUCUACGUUUCCAGUGUAUAGAAUAUCUCGUUUGAACAGCAAUAGAAUAUUAUAAUCUUGACACUAACAAGAAGACAUUUGGACACGCUAAAUCUGUAGUCAUGCCUGACUGAGGUAUAAAAGCCAAUCGUCGCGAGCUUGACAGCCUUGUCAAACGCAAAACAAGUACAAAUUUGGGUUCAAACAGAAAAAAGUUAAUACAACUAACAUAUAUUCUACACAAAUACGGGUGGUUUAAAAUGUUUUCAAUUGAAUUUUCAAAGCUUUUAUCUAUCGCUAUGAUAAUCAAACUGUGAACUUGUUUUGUUGACGCUUGCGAAUGCAAAAUAACUUCCCGUAAACCGAGCAUUUCUACACAAAACUCUCGCUUAGUCUUCUGAUGCACUUGUACGUUCGGUUCACUAGUUAAACAAGGAAAAUAUUCAAGAAACACUGGUAAAUUGUCGUUGUCAAGAAACAUUUCAGUGCUGAGCCUGAGGCAGUACAAGGUCUCAAGGGCAAGGUCAAGUUGUCGAUUUCAUUACAUUUUACAGUACUUCGGAAUGUUUUCGAACUCUUGCUUCAUACAACAGCAGUAAACGCACGCAUUUCAAAGCGAAAUUAGACGCAAAGGGGCAAUUUUUUAACAAAAUUCAUUGUUAAAUUAUGUUUCCUAUGUGCCUUGGGGGCAAAAAAAUAUGAUUUUAAAUUUGGAGGAAUCGGUAAAUUUUUUUUCAAUUUGGCCUGGUAUUGCACCCUACCUAUGUAAUGACUGUGCUGUAAAAGUAAUCAAAUAUACUAUUUUGAAUUUCCCUUCAUUGAAAGGAUCUACUAUUGUGGACUAAACUAAAUUUUAAUCAGCAUACAAGGCUGCAAACAACAGCCAAGAAUUAGCUGGGUAGUUUGCAAACUUUAAAAAUAAUUGGACCUCAAACUUUGAUCCCCAAAAGUAAACAAAUGGCCAAUACUGCGAACAUAAUCCAAGUUUUGACCACUAGGGGCAAUUUUUAGAUGUAAAAAAACUUGUUUAAAUUACAUAUCAAACAAAGGCAAAACAAAAUUUGGUAUUAAUUUUUUGGAGGAAACGUCAAGGUUUUUUGCUAUCCGCGCACGCUUCUACACCCCCUCCCCCAGGACCUUCUCUAUCAGAAAACAGUUUUCUGCAGAAACUAUGCUUUUUUAUCGGGAAAAUUUUUACUUUUCUCAAAAAAAUACUUUAGAAACACGGAAACCUUAAAUAUUUAAAUAAUUUUCAUACCUUUUUGGGAUUGCAAAAAGCAAAAUUUGAUUCAUUAUCACACUUUUUAAAAUAUAUGUGACAAAGUUGCUUCGAAAUCACUAUCACGCAGUAGCAUGUUUAUUUACCCACAUCCUUUUGACUGAAUAAAGUUUAUCUUUUUGAAAAGCUAUUUGUUUUAUAGCUCUUGGUUAGCAGUUUACGUUUAUGUCGAUUUUGGCACCCAUGAGGCCAACAAGUUAUGGUAAUCCGCGAAUGAAAACUGAUCAGUUCGAAGAGCACAAAAGCCAACUCCUAGCUAUGUAACUUUAUCGCCUGAAUUUUGAAUCAAUCCACAAUUAAAUUUCUGGUAAUAUAGAUGCUUUCCAUACUUGAAAUGUUAGUGAAGUUUUUCCAACAAUUUAAUUUCCUUGAUCGCCGUCUUAAAAAUGCAAAAUCAUCAGUUGAAAUUUCACUCGUGUUGUUUUUUCAAAUUUUCGAAUUUUUGUAAAAUAUCGCGUGCGCCAGCAAUUUCUCUGCACAGCGACAACAAAUUUCCCAGCUGUUUGCAGUGGUGCUAAAUUACUUUGAAUUUGUACUCGAGUAAAAGUAGAAGUAAUUAACAAUAAAACGACUUGAGUAAGAGUAAAAAGUACUGGAAGCAAAACGUACUUAAGUAAAAAGUACAAAGUAUCCUUAAAAAUACUUGAAGUACAAAGUAAAAGUACUAUUGUCUAUAGCGUGUAGGGGUGGGGACUUCUCCAAUGGAUUGACAUACAAAAGACACAAAACAGCACACGCAAUAUACAAUUUUUCACCGCAGGAUCUACUUUCCAGACCCCGUUGAAGAUAUAAGAAACCAUUAAAUAAGUAAUGCUUAUAUGUAGAGGUCCUAUUACCUAUCCCAAAAUUAAAAUAAAUCCGGAAUAAAUCACGAUAAAUGUGUGAAAGUAACGAAAUACUUACGUUACUUCUUAAAACGACUUCGUUCCAAGUAAACGUACUCCAGAAAAAGUUUACUUUGUUACAAAUAGUACUCAAGUACAGUGACGAAGUACAUUUACUUUGUUACUUGACACCACUGUGUGUAUGUACCACAUAGCUAUAGUGCUACAAAGUUUGAAUGAAUUUUACCCAUUACGAAGAAAGGUAUUCAUCGUUUUCUAAAUCUAAUUUAGUAUUCUGUACGUCGUAAAUGACGUCCCUUUGGACCUAAUUUGUAUGUUUUAAAAAGCUGAGUAUCUUGAGAACGAAACAAGAUAUUGAAAACCCAAGAACGCCGUAAGAUCUAAAUUGAAGAGAUGAUCUUUUCGUCACAGGAGCACUUUAUUAAGCCAAAGUUGAAUCAUGUAAUUUUUUAACUUUUAGAAUGUGAGGUUUCAUCUUAUGACGCAGUGCACUCGAAGUGGCGAACGCAGAGGACACUUGUGUACAUUGGGGAACAGCUAAACCUUUCCGAAGACAAAGAAGGGGCACAAAGGGAUCCCUAUAUGGUGGAAUAUCUCAGUCAGGAUGAGCCUUUGGGGAAGUAUGUGGGUAAGAGGUACCAAAAGCCUCGUGGGCCGGAACAGUAUAAGGAGGAUGUCAAAUGCCAGAUGACAGCUCGUUAUUAUGUUGGCUUGUUUAACCAGGAGUUGUAUCAUAAAGGUAAGCAUGGUCAGCACGGGUCACCAUUUAUUUACCCAGUGGAACUGUCCUCCCUGGAGGUCCAGUAAGGUGCUAUGCUUAUUGACCAGUGAAACUGUUCUCUCUAGCUAGAGGUCCAGUAAGGCGCUAUACUUAUUGGUCCACUGUUACUACAGGAGGAAACCUAUAAAAUUAAACUUACUUUACACUGGAUAGCUCUACCAGUUCUAAACUGUUCUCCCUAGAGGUCCAGUGAGGAUCAUCUUGGUCCAGUGUUACUGCAGGAGGGAACCUAAACUAAACUAACUUUAUUUAUACUGGAUAGCUCUAUCAGUUCUAAACUGUUCCCCCUAGAGUUCCAAUAAGAAUCAUCUCUUAUUGAUCCAGUGUUACUGUAGGAGGAAACCUAAACUAAACUAACUUUAUUUACACUGGAUAGCUCUAUCAGUUCUACACUGUUCUUCCUAGAGGUCCAGUAAGGAUCAUCUCCUAUUGAUCCAGUGUUACUACAGGAGAAAACCUAAACUAAACUAACUUUAUACUGGAUAGCUCUAUCAGUUCUACACUGUUCUUUCUAGAGGUCCAGUGAGGAUCUCCUAUUGCUCCAGUGUUUCUACAGGAGAAAACCUAAACUAAACUAACUUUACACUGGAUAGCUCUAUCAGUUCUACACUGUUCUUCCUAGAGGUCCAUUGAGGAUCAUCUCCUAUUGCUCCAGUGUUACUACAGGAGAAAACCUAAACUAACUUUAUUUAUACUGGAUGUAAUAUUUUAAAUCCGACUACGAGGACUGUACUAGAUUUCAAGUCCGCGCAAUUUGAUCAACUCCAAGCAAUCUCGUUCCCCGAGCCUGCGCUGCUUGGGAAGGAACGCGAGGCUCUGGGAUAAUCCGUUUCAGGGAGGAAUCUGAUUGGCCGUUGAAAUAGAAUGCGUAGUUCAAUCUUAGCCAGGAUUCCUGGCUUCCGGCAACGGAUUAUCCCAGAGCCUUCGGUUCCUUCCCAAGGAUCGCAGGCUCGGGGAACGAGAUUGAUCUCCAAGGCGAAGCCGAGGACUGGAUCAAAUUGCGAGGACUUGAAAUCUAGUCCAGUUCGAAUUGGAGGAUUUGAAAUGACAUCUCGUACGAAUAAAUCACUACUUAAAGUGAGGUGUUAUCGUAGCCUUGCACAAAUGCACAAUAGUGAUUACUGAAUGUGUCAGCUUGCCUGCCAGUAUUUUACCUCUAGUUAAAAUGCAGUACCUAAAUCCUAAUGCCCGAGUAUAAUUGGUGUGUCGUCUCGCGAUUUAUUCAUACAUUUUUAUCAUUUACAGGUAUUGAAGUGAGUCCAAUUCAGUUCUUACCUGUGGUAAUGGUCAAGCUACUCGAUGAACCAAGAUCUAUUAUUUAUAAUGUCGAACCAUACAUGCACGGCAACUUCAUGAAACUAACCAACAAUCUGAAUUGGGUUGAAAAAGAAGGGGCUGGAAGUAAACUGGUCUUAGCAUUCAGGUAAGUUUCUCCUUGAAAUGGUUUUCUUAUCGUAGCCUUGAUUAAAUGCCUUUCACCUCUGUGAAAAGGAUUCAAUUCCUAAUGGUCCGACCCAAACUCAAAGUCAUUGGACAUUUUGUCAGACGGUCUUGUAAAAUAUUUUUAAGGCCUGCUGGACUUCUAGCGAAGACAGUUUAGGACUGAUAGAGCUAUUCAUUGCCAAAAGGCUAGUACUGUGGCCCUCUAGAGAGAACAGUUUAGAACUGAUUAUUAUUAUUUACAAAUAUUUUAAAACGGUAGUCCUUCAGAACGGUAGCUCUGUCCUUGAGUGUUGUAAGUUGAAUGAUUUAAAGUUACUAUAAAGUUUAAUUACUUGCUCCGAACCGAUUCAUGGCUUCCAAAAUUCUGGAAGCGCAUUGCUAGUAUCACUUUUGAUACAAAAAUUCGCUGACCCCAAUGUAUUUUGGGCGAAAAUACCACGCUGCCAUGCUGUUUUACUUUGUACAAAACAUGGUUUAAACAAGCACCGAAGCACGUACAUUUGAUAAGUAAAGGAGAAAGCUCAAAAAGGAAUAAAAUAAAUUUUGAAAUUACACUGAAAUACUUUCGCCUGCUUCUACUUUUAAAUAUGAAAUUUCCUUAAAAUUUUUUUGCCGGAGCAGGAGCCGGAGUUUUGAUUGCCGGAGCUAGAAUAACCGGAGUUUGCACAGCUCUACCAAUCUACAAUAGUUCUUUUAGCAAGUCACUUGAUCGGAUCUCGUGUGACCUACCCGUAAUUAUUCUUGCUGCUCUAUUUUGCAUUUUCUGCAUUUUAUCGAGCAAAUAGUUGCUACAAUUGUCCCAGACCAGGCUACAAUAGUCGAAGUAAGGGAGAACCAAAGAUUUAUAGACUGUGAUUAAGAUUUCUUUUGGGACAAACUAGAGUCGCCUUAGCAUACCUUAUCCUUUUAACACUUUGUUAUUACAUUAUUAACAUGCUCAUAUUCUAUAAAAGUUAGUCAUAAAUAACGAUCCCUAAAAUUUUGAUAGAGUUGUAAAGUUUAAAUAAAACUGAAAUAAAGACAAUUUAGUUUCUUUUUCCUCAGGUAGUGAAAGUCGAUCAGUAAGUAGCCUGCGAACAGGCUCUUUGAAUUGAAUUAGAGCCUGUUCGUAGACUGAUCAGUAAGAGAUGACCCCCCUUUAGAACUGAUAGAAUAUUUUUCAUUUAGUCAUUUCACGUACGAGCGAUCAAAGCGUACGCUACUCAUUACUGACCACCAGGGCUGGACCACAGAGGAUCAUCUAUCCACAACGUUCCUUACUGAUCCACAGAUACACAGUACUGAUAAAACGUUGUAUGGCACAGGUAACCUAGGCAUGCGUGGGAUAAAUACAUUUUGGCAAGAUAUGCAUAAAGAGUGCAAUGACAUUUGUCAACAACUUGGUCUAACCAGACCAUAAGGACACAACAUUAGAUCUACGUAAUAUAAAUGCAUUUUCUUUUGUGCAAGAUAUUAAUAUGGCUACAAAUCAUUAAUAGCUAAUACAGCUAAUUCAUUACCAUUAAUUCCCAAACUACAAUACAUUAUCACAUUACAUUUAAAUAACAUCAACUGAAAUUUAGGUCGGAAUUUUGUUGUGAUUUCUGAGCAAAUAAUAGCAUCUUGUGCUGAAAUACUCUAAAACACUCUUUUCCUUGUUCACCCAGAAAUAACUCUAUCCCUACUUUAAGAUUCCGGCACAGAGUAGUUAUAUAUGGCGGUCUCACUUCUGCAAAAUAACCGUAAGAGGUUAGAGCUCGACAACUGGCCUCUGUAGCUCAGUUGGUUAGAGUACUGCACUGGAAUCACAGGUUCAAUUCCUGCCAGGGACAUAUAAGUUGGUAAAGUUGCAUAUUUCGUUUCUGUUCCUGGUUACGUCUCAUAAAUGUAACUAUAUAAAUUUCCACUCGACAAUUUUCAUAUGCAAUACCCAUCAACCCAUCAAAUAGUUUUUACUGUGCAUAUCUUAGCAAGUGCCCUAAAGAGAGGCAUUCACUCCCCUGGAACAUUAAAUUUCAAUAUGUUUCCAGGAGGGUGACAGCCUCUCUUUAGGGCACUUGCUAAGAACAUGGCGGACUGGAAAAAUCCCUUACGCUAAAUUAACCUGAAGUGAGACCUCUGUAAGUAAUUUCUCUGUGAUUCCGGGUUGAAUUUCCUGGUUAUUUUAAACUUUCACCACUACUAUAUUCUGGUUAAUUUGAUCAGGACAUCCUGGUUCAAUUAAGUAUAAACCACGACCAUACUGGGUGGAUAAAUAACCAAGGGCUCUGGUUAUAUAUCCACCUAAUCCAGGACUGGACUAAUAUCCACCCAGCAUGGUCUGGAUAUUUUAACAAGAUCAUCCUGGUCAAAUAUAAGCAGAUUCCUGGUUACAGAGAUGUCAACCCUAAGUACCUAAAUUGCGGGUGAUAAUUUCAUAACUAAUCACAAUUUACUUAUAAAUACUGCAAAUUAUAAAUACUGCAAAUUAACAUGCAUUGAUGUGAUCAAUACUAUUAAUCAAAUACUGAGGUGAUCAAUAAUGAUUACCAUGCAUUGAUAUGAUCAAUGAAUACACUGUUAAUAAUAUACAUAAAGAUAUUACUCGACUGUGAUUGGUUGAUUUCAGUGCAGUUAAUCCCAAACAUCUGUAAUCACAGUGCAAUUUUCUGUAAUCACAGUGCAAUUUUUUGU